AUGGUCGAACUUCUUCUUUCACAUGGUGCAAAUAUCGAUGAAAAAGGGUAUGAUGGACGCACAGCCUUUUAUAUUGCAACAUAUUUUGAUCAAAAAGAAAUAGUUGAACUUCUUAUUUCAUCUGGUGCAAAUAUCAAUGAUAAAUAUGAUCAUGGUUAUACUGCUCUUCAUCACGCAGUAAUAAAUAAAAAUAACGAAAUAACCGAACUUCUUCUUUCGCAUGGUGCCAAUAUCAAUGAAAAAGGUGAAGAUGGUCAAACUGCUCUUCAUAUAGCAGCAGAUCUUAAUAAUACAGAAAUAAUUAAAAUUCUUAUCUCAAAUGGGGCAAACAUCAAUGAAAAAGAUAAAGAUGGACAAACUGCUCUUCACAUGGCAGCAAAUUUUGAUAAUACAGAAAUAAUUAAAAUUCUUAUCUCAAAUGGGGCAAAUAUCAAUGAAAAAGGUGAAUUUGGAAAAACUGCUCUUCAUUAUGCAACAAGAAAUAAUAGUAAAGAAAUUGUCAAACUUCUUAUUUCAAAUGGGGCAAAUAUCAAUGAAAAAGAUAAAGAUGGAAAAACAGCUCUUCAUAUUGCCAUAUGUAAAAAUUACGAAGAAAUAGCUGAAAUUCUUCUUUCGCAUGGUGCAAAUUCCAAUGAAAAAUAUAAAGAUGGAGAAACAGCUCUUCAUUGUGCAACAUAUUGGGGCAGCGAAAAAAUUAUUGAACAUCUUAUUUUGCAUGGCGCAAAUAUCAAUGAAAAAGAUAAUAAUGGAAGAACGGCUCUUCAGAUUGCUAGAGAUGAAAAUAAAAAAAAAAGAAUAUUUGAACUUCUUAUUUCACUUGGAGCAAGUAUGUGA